AUGAGCAAGCCAACCAGAACACACAAAUUACCAAGCUACUUGGAAGAUUAUGUCGUUGGAGAAAUUGAUCUGAGAAGAAAUUAUUCCUCUCCAUCCAAAUCAAAAUCCAAAUCAUCUCCAGCCAAGACAUCAGUUAAAUCUCCUUCACCAUCAAAAACUACACGAUCAUCAUCAUCCUCAUUGAAACAAACAGCAAAAAUCUCCACAUCACAAUCCACACAGAAGAGAAUUAAACAAUCAACUAGUUCUACUAAACAAAAGAAGGAGCUCGUUAAAAAUUCUAUUAGAAAUCCAUCAUCAAGUGCCUCUUCAUCGAGUGUACAAACUGUUAAUCCAUACAAUGAUUUCUCCAAUCCAAAAUUUAAAGUUUUUACUUCGAUAUCUGAAGCCAGAGACAAAUUAAUUGAAAAAACACCUGGAAAUAAUAUUUUGAAAGGAUCAGAUGAUGCUUCUAAAUGGUCAAUCUCCUCAAUUGACUCUACAAAAACAUGGAAGGGUAUUUCAGUUUCUAAUAUCCUACAACAUUGUAAUUAUAUUCCUGGUAACAAUCACAAAUUAGAUACAACUGGUAGUGAAAGAGUUCCAUCUGUACAAAUUUGUUUCUCAUUUGAUACCACAAUUUCAAUGACAAAUUAUAUUAAUAAUAUGAAAUUCAAGUUACAAACUAUUUGUCAACAAUUAAUGAAUGAUAUUCGUGGUUUAGAAAUUGCUUUAAUUGCUCAUGGUGAUUAUGAAUCAUGUAAGGAUAGUGGAUCAUAUGUCAUGUCCAAGUUGGAUUUCACAACUGAUAUUGAACAAAUUGUUUCAUUUAUUCAAUCACUUGAUAAGACAAAUGGUCAUGAUUAUGCAGAACUUUAUGAAUGUGUUAUUAAGGAAGCUCAAUCUCUUUCUUGGGUUCCAAUUGAGAAUAGUUAUACAAUUCGUUCAUUAGUUGUAAUUGGUGAUGCAUUCCCUCAUUUACAAGAUGAAUGUUUCAAUAUUGAUUGGAAAGUUGAAGCACAGAAUUUAUUUGAUAAUAAUCAUGUUAAAAUUCAUGCAGUGAAAUGUGGUAAUUUAGAAAAACCAAGACAUGAAUUUUACAAAUUAGUUGCAGAAGAAACAGGUGGUACAUCAUACAAAUUAGAUAAUUUUGAAAAGACAAUUGAAAUGUUCUGUGGUUUAAUUUAUAGAGAAGCUACUGAACAUAAUAUGAAUGAUCCAACAAUGCAAGCUCAUAUUGAUGGAGCUGCUUCAGGUGAAAUUACAGUUGUUAAGCCAACUAUGAGAAUGGAAGAUGAAAAUGCAUCAACAUCGACGGCUCCACAAGAUUCAUCAUCAUUCUCUGAUGGUUACAUUGUAACAGAUGAUGACAUUUUAAAGAUUCACAAUACUAUUCAUGACCCAAAUCAAGAUCAUGUGAUUAUUAAUAAUUUAUCAUUUGCAACUCAAAUGAAUGACAGUUCAUGCAGAUAUAUCAGAGUAGAUGGCGUCGUCUAUAUUGAACAAAAUAAGGAAAAGAAGACCAAGUAUGCCAAAAUGGCUUUAGAAGGAAAGAAAUUAACUUGGAUUUGUCAUGCUGGUAAUUGGGGUCUUAUUAUUGAUGAUAAAAUUGAAAAACGAUAA